AUCUAUUUUGAAUUGCGUGACACUAAAAACAAGCAUUGUUUGCCGUAACCCUGAGGGGAAGGCCGACGGCGCACAAUAAAGUACUCCCAGACCUCUUUUUGUAUGCACACGCUGCAUGAGGUGCUUUUUAGAACCCUCGUGUUGAGCAAAUCAUUCUGUUGAAGAUUUUGUAGGCACAAGACCAGAUAAGCGUUUUGAAACAUUUUCGAAAUUGAAAUUAUGCAAAUCACUGUACUAGCAGUCCGUGGGCCCACCCCGCAGAUGUACAUUUCCACGUGAUGUGGUCCUGGCUCAUCGUACUACAUGUUUAUUUCGCUGCAUCAAGACGUUGGAACUUGCGAUAAUAAUGCGAGCUUGGGUGGGUUGCGUUUAAAGCCAAUGUUCCUUGGAUCUCGGAACGCUGAUUAUGUAGCAUCGACGCGGUGAAAUCAAGCUGAAAAUCGACAACGAGAAGGUAUAAAUCGGACAAACUGGAAGAUUUCGCUUGUGAAACCUGGAAACGAGUUCGAGUCUAUGGAAAUGGGGCGACCGCUUACACUAUCAUACGUCUGUUAGUAGUCAAACUGCAAUCAAGACAGGAGGAGCUUAAACUGGGCAAGGGGACUCACAAUAUGCAUCGCAAGUUGAAAUAUGUUAUAGUGCAGUUACAAUGGAAAACGUUGUCUUUGACAAGAAGGCAACUUCAUCUUAUUGGAGUAAUAGCGUGCUCGUUGAUAACCACAUUAGUCACUUGUCUCGUCUUCACGCCUUCGUUCUCUAUUGCACCUCCUACGUUUUCCAACAAUUUUAUUCCUCACCACGAUUGUAAAUCUUGGAAAGCAUCUCCCCAGCACAAAACUUCUUUGAUAACCAGGACUACUUGUGUAGGAAAGUAUUUCCUUCUUAUCCUGGUCUCGUCUGCACCGGCAAAUUUUGAAAGGAGAAAAUUAGUUCGUCAAACUUGGGGCACUGCCAACAAUCUGACUGCACCUCAGUGGAAGACGUACUUUCUCCUUGGUCAAACAGGGAAUCAAACAGAAUCAGAUUUGCUUAAAAAAGAAAAUAGCGUCUAUGGUGACAUGAUUCGUGCGGAUUAUCCUGAACAUUACUGGAACCAGAGUUUGAAGAUACAGAUGGCCAUCGAAUGGGCAGCCAGAUAUUGUAAUUUUUCUUACCUUCUCAAAGCAGACGAUGAUGUACUGGUUAAAACCAAAGAUUUGAUUAAAUUAUUGCAAAGAAACUCUACGCCGAAACGAGGCCUUUACAUGGGCAAACUUCACCCCACAGACAAAGUGCCUCGAACUGGCAAAUGGAGUGUCCCGUAUGAAGAGUACAGUGGAACACACUAUCCGGAUUUUUGUACAGGUGCGGGCUUUGUUAUGUCAUACGAUGUUGUCGAGUGCCUGGUUCCUUUAUUUGAUGUGAUUAAGCCGUAUAGAAUGGACGAUGUUUAUGUGGGAAUGCUUGCAAACAGAACUGGUGUGAAAGCAGUGGAUCACACCGGGUUCUAUGUACAUUGGGAUAUAACAGUUUGUAACUUUCUGCCACACGUUCUCGUGCAGCAUCGAGCUACUGGACAAUGCUUAAUCAAACUAUUACGAAUGCACUCUAACGGUCGUUUUUACUAUAGAAUGUCUGGUUCUUUCUUGUAAUGAAGAGAGGGUAAGAGAGAAAGGCCCUAUAGUCCAUUGCAAAAACGUGAGAGGACUGGGACGAGUUUCUUAUAUUGAUUAGAAAUCUAAUAUUUCAACUGAAAUAAAACGUUUUCUAACUGAAAAGCUACCCAGUCAAGUUUGAGAGUUUUCAGCGGAACAUUUUCCAAAUGGGAGCCAUGCAAACGUUACAAAAUUCCAUACAAACCGUUAAAAUUUUGUGGCCUGUCUACCCAAUCCAUACAAACUCUCUAUUUUAGGUGAUAUUUGAAGAGCCGUCAUUUUGCCAUUUUCCUCCUUUAAAUACUUCUAUUCUUGCUUAAGACUCUCAAAUUUAAUUGAUCUUUCAUUUGAAUAUCUUAGUUUUUCAAACAAACGGAAAACAACCAUACUCUUUCCCAGUCCUCUCACGUUUUUGCAAUGGGCUACGUGAGCCUUAGAAAAUUCCCAAGGUAAUCCCUCACGUUAUGUUUAGAUCACUCCUGAUCGUUUGGAAAUCCCGGACUUUAAGUAAGUAGUAAUAAUAACACCAGUUAUAAUUUAUGUGAAGUCGUGGCACAGGGAGUGGUUGCUCGAAAAAUGAAAACUACUAAAGUACAAAAAGAAUUUGAAUACAUAUUAUAAUACUAACGACUACAUUGAAUCAAUUUCGGUAUAAAAAAUAAAUAGAUAAAUAGAUGAAUAGAUAAAUAGGUAAACAAUUGAGUAGAUAAAUAGAUGAAUGGAUAAAUAGAUGAAUAGGUAAAUAGGUACAAAGACGAAUAGAUAAAUAGUUGAAUAAAUAAAUAGACGCAUAGAAAGGUAAGUAGAUAAAUGGUUUAUUAGAUAAAUAGGCAAAUAGUUAAAUAGAUAAUUAGGUAAAUAGACUAAUAGAUGAUGAAAAUUGCCAACCCUUUGAAGCACAUUUACUCUCGUGAACAGCCCAAUCGACUUUACAUGCAUUUUCAUCCUCCACGACAACAUCCACGCAACGUGAGUUGUCACAGUAUACACGGAAGAACUGGGUACCAUAUCUAAAAAUAACGUGAGAAGGAUUAUUUUAGGCAUAAGGCAGAUAUGGGAAUUAUCUCUCUUACCCUUCAUCCUCUCUUGCUUUUAAAAUAUUAUUUUUGCCGUUUAUUUUCCAGAGGUAAAUAUAAGAACCUAAGCACGUAUUCUGAUUGGCGAUGAAGCCGGCUGGUAUGCUGACCUCGCAAAGAAUGAAUUGGCCACCCGACGCUACUAUCACCCUCUUGUCCCUUAUUGUAUUUAUCAAGGCUCCAUUUGAAGAAAUCUUUUUAAUUCUGUCUUUGACUAAAGUGAUGCAUCAUUGAAUGAAUGAAUGAAUGAAUGUGAGUGAGAAUGUAUGUGACUGAGAACGUUAAAUCUGUGCUAUAAUUUAAGGCUGUCAAUCUGCAGGACCGGGUGGUUCAAAGCCCGAUUGAGCUAACCCAGGAUUACCAAGAAUUUAGAUAACUUUUUGGUAAGGUUUUCUGUUCAUAUUGUUUCGAUAAUCUCGAACUACAUAAAACAUUGUACAUAAAAAAAAACUAUUUCUAUACAAGAAAAAUUAAUAUAAUACUGCGAUUAACGUGUAGCCCUGGGUUGGCGUUAACCGCCUUUAGAACAACUCGGCUCUGUUGCCCAAUCGUUAUUGUGGAUUCAAUCUCUAGGGAAGCAGUUGACAUAGUUACGUUGUUGCUAUAUGUUCUAGUUAACUCGUUACUGAGGUCUAAAAUGAA